AUGCAACAACUCCCUACUAUUCUACCUCCUCCCACUAUAGACGGGUCAGAACCCCCGCAAAGGUCAAAAGAGAAACACGACAAUCUGGUCCGAUUUCAGUCCGAACUUGAGUUCAUACAAUGUCUAUCUAAUCCUUCAUAUUUGAGAGGACUUCAUACUCAAGGAUAUUUAUCGAAACCGGAGUUUCUGAAUUAUCUAAAGUAUCUGGAAUAUUGGAGAAAACCGGAAUAUGUCAGGUUUAUUGUAUACCCCACCAGCUUGGUCUACUUAACAUUACUACAACAACCCCUAUUCCGAUCCCGUCUUUCCGAUCCGGCCUUCGUAGCUGACCUCACUCGAAUAGCUCAGAGUCAUCAUGAAACUUGGUAA